CUCUCACACACACACACACACACACACACACACACACACACACACACACACACACACUUCCUUUUACAUCUCUCUCUAUCUUGCUACUGCUACUCUUCUCUCUUGCUUCCUGACAUCUCCCCUUCUCUCUCUCUCUCUCUCUCUCUCUCUCUCUCUCUCUCUCUCUCUCUCUCUCUCUCUCUGUCUCUGUCUCUCUCUCUCUCUUGCACACACAUACAGACACAUACACAUGCUGCCCAGCACAGGGAGAGUAAAAUGGGAGGCCUUCAUUCAUCACGACUCAUCCAGGCUUGAAUCGGUUCAUUCACUCUGAGUGUGAGUGGAGGGAGUAGCGGGUGAAGCACAUCAGUGGUGGACGCAGGUGUGGCUCAGAAGCAGUCAUGAGUGGAAUACUGAAGAGGAAGUUUGAGGAGGUGGAGGGAGCGUCACCGUGCUCCUCACUGAGGGAGUCAGAAGAGGAGGAGAUAUCGAGCAGUGAGAGUGGAGACAGCAGCGACAGCGUCAACCCCUCUGCCUCUCACUUCACACCCUCCUCCAUUCUGAAGCGAGAGAAGCGGAUGAGAACUCAGAGGGUGCAUUUCGAGAAGGUGACGGUGUACUAUUUCAGCCGGCGGCAAGGCUUCACCAGCGUUCCCAGUCAGGGAGGCAGCACCUUGGGCAUGUCGAGUCGACACAGCUCUGUACGGCAGUACACACUCGGCGAGUUUGCCAAGGAACAGGAGCGCAUACACAGGGACAUGCUGAGAGACCAUUUGAAAGAGGAAAAACUCAACUCCAUCAAACUCAGGCUGACAAAAAAUGGUUCUGUUGAGUCAGAAGAGGCCAAUGCUCUCACGGUGGACGAUAUCUCGGAGGAUGACCUGGACCUGGACAACACAGAGGUGGACGAAUACUUCUUCCUUCAGCCGCUGACCACCAAGAAGCGUCGGGCCCUGCUUCGCUCAUCUGGUGUCAAGAAAAUCGACGUGGAGGAGAAGCAUGAGCUGAGGGCCAUCCGAGUGUCACGUGAGGACUGUGGCUGUGAUUGUAGACUCUUCUGUGACCCAGAGACUUGCACCUGCAGCCUGGCAGGCAUCAAGUGCCAGGUGGACCGCAUGUCAUUCCCGUGUGGCUGCACUAAAGAGGGCUGCAGUAAUGCAGCCGGCCGGAUUGAGUUCAACCCCAUCCGUGUUCGCACGCACUUCCUGCACACUAUCAUGAAACUAGAGCUGGAGAAGAGCAGGGAGCAGCAGCAGAGCUCAGCCCCUGGUCCUGCCUCUGUCCCUGCCCCCAAUAGCAAUGGUUACCACAGUGACACCAAUGGCCACUGUAGCCCACUGACAUCAGGCCAACAUGCUUUAGAAUAUCCUGUCCCUGAUUCUGUCCAGCAGAGUGCCAUCAUGCAUCUGCAAGCUGUGGAUGAUAUGGAUGAGGCCUUGGAAGAGGAAGAGGAUGAAGAGGAAGAUGAUGAUGAGGAGGAGGAAGAAGAAGAAGACGAGGAUGAAAAUGAAGAUGAUGAAGACGAAAGCAGCAGUUUGUGUAGCCUGUCAGACUCGAGUACACAGAGCCUGGCGAACAGUGACUCGGAGGAGGAGGAAGACGACGAUGUCGACGAAGACGAAGACAAAGCAGAGGAGUUUGAGGAUGGCCUGACCAUCGCUCCUUUGUCACACAAUGAGGUGGUUUCUCCAUCCUCUGUGAUGUGCUACUCGGAGAACACGGUCACACAGGAGAACCAAAGCAAUGGCAAUGCUUAUUUUAUCAACUCCUCAGCUGAAUACUAUCAAAUGGAGAAUGCCAGCUCAGCAUCACUUUUAGCAGCUGCUAACCAAGCUAGCGAGAGCUAUGGAGGAGAUUCAACAUAUCAAGAAAGGGUGAACAACACUAAUGGAGUCUUGGCGCCAGGAGUCUUUAACAUGACCACUGAGCAUUACACUGACUAUUCACAGCCACCUGAGGAACAAUACACCAAUCAUCAUUUCACUCUCACUAAUGGAUCCUCAGCCACUAUUGGCUGCUGUGAACCAGAACAGGACAAAAGCAUGCAAUCGAAAGGGACCUACCACAGCCAAUCUGGAGAGCUGAGUCAGAUGGAGUACCAAAACUAUCUGAACAAUAACACAGAAGAGGGAUACACGACUAAUGGAAACUGUUUUGUGGUAGAGCAGCCAAAAGAGGUAUCUCACAGCCUUUCUGAGGUUACCUCUUUAGCAGACACCACCAAAGGACCCCCAAUACUGGAGCCUUUCCCUGAGCCCACCCCUGUUUAGAUACACGCAUUACAUAUAUGAGGAGGAGACACAAAUGGUAAGCUAUCAAGUGUUUGAUUCAAAUACCACACAGACUCAAAUAAUGGUCUUUGUUUCUACACUUGACAUAGUUUAGUUUGAAGACGUUGACAUGUACGAUAUUCAUAAUCAUGUAUUUUUCAAUGAGCCAGAAAAAAAAAAUCCAUAAUUCUAAGUGCAAACUGAGAUCAUAUAAACUGUAAGCUUUAGGCCUGUGCAAUGUUAUCUGGUAUUUCAAAAGUCAAAGUUCUAGUUUUGAGCAGAUAUUGUGGACUUGAACUUUUCUAUGUCUAUGUGUCAGUGGUGCAAAAAAGAAAAUGUUGCUGUUCAUUAAUAUAUUAAAGAAAAUGUGUAUACUUAAUCAUUUUGAUAAAAGCGCAUGUUCUUUUGUAGCUUUUGUUGGCAAUCUAUGGUUUUUGUAUUGAUUGCAUUGAUGUACUGUAAAAAAAAAAAAAAAAGAAGUUAAGUUCUUGUUGUUACAUAUGUAUAUCAUGCUUUUAAAGCAUUUGUAAAAGCAUGAAGCCUGAUCUUAAAAUGUUUGCUGUUUUUGCAAUACCAAAUCAGAUGACUUAAGUUGUGAAUAUAAUACACUUCAUGAAGACAAUGCACUUUUCCAGAGGCUGAUGCCAUGCAAAACGGCAAAUAGUCUUUAGCAGAGCACUGAUAAGGUGAAAUAUCUCUUACUGGACCAUUAUUUAAUCCUUAUUACACCAUUCAGGUGGUGAGAGAAUGAAAGAGUUCUUCAUUUUUAGCAUUUCCAACUAAUAUCUUUGGGAUUAUACAGGGACAUCUGAUCAAAUGCACUUUGAAAAGCAUCAAAUUAAUUUGUUCUGAGGCAUUGCAUAUCUUUUAAAAUGAAGUUAUGUGUUCAAAUUAUUUAAAAAAAAAAAAAAAAGUCUAUUGGAAAAAAGGAAGGAAAGAAAGCAUAUUUCUGAAAUUUAAAUUGUAGAAAGUUUAUUAAGUUAAAUUAAUCAUAAUGUGGAGAACCAGAAAUCUAGUGAUAAAAUAUUUCCCAAUUUAAUGUUCCUUAGUACUGUAAAAGAAAUUGUAUAUAGGAGGAUUUGCUAAAGAGGCAUUACAAAUUUGCAGUAUUGAAUUGACUUCUCUGAGCAUCAAAUUAUGAUAUGAAUUCUAAAGUGAACAAAUGAUACAUUUAUAAUAUAUGAACAAAUGAUUUUUAAAGACUGAUUAGUCAGUCGAGUGCAAUAGCAUAACAGGAUAACAAAUAUGGUCAUUUCUGGAGGUCAGCCCUUCAUUGCCAGAUAUCACUUUCAGCUAAUUUACUGAUUGAUCUUGGAAUAAAAUUGUAUUUCACACACAAUUACCAUAGUGCUACAUAUUCCUCAAUAGUGUUUCGAUGAAAUGUAAGCUAUUUUUAAAGCAGAUAGUUGUUUUUCAAGAAGCAGAAAAGAGGACAAUCAAAUUCCUGCAGUGAUUUUGCCAGUGUAUAGAAGAACUACAGAGCUCAGUAUAGCCAGCAUUUUACAGCAGAUGGAUAUGCCAUGAAUUCAUUUCUCAAACAAAAUUUUUUGACUAAAUCGUUGAAUAUAUAAGAAAGUGUUUCUUAAAGAUAAAAAAGAUAAAUAGUUUUGAAGGAAAACUGGAACAUUGCCUUUGGUGUGACUUAACACAAAGUAAAUGCCUUUCUUUCUUUCUUUUUUUUUUUUUUAAAUUCCAUUUCCUCUCAAAAGUAAAAUGGGUAAUCUUCUCAGACAGACUAUGUCCUUAUAGUUUGGGUUUGCCUUUGACGUACAUGUCCCAUUGUUUCCAUAGUUUGUGUUUUUGUUUUUAUGUUUUUUAUUUUACCUCUUGACUUAAUGGACAGUGCUUGUAUUUGACCUCAUUCUCUGUUGGAGUCCAUCAUAUGAAGCGAUGUCUUGGCCGUGCUGUAGCAGAAGGCAGCACAUCCAGCAUUGCCACCACACUCUGUUUGCAGUAUUUAUUCUGAAUGAUCUAUUGAAAUGUGUAUUUAUUGUGAUUUCCUGAAAUGGUAUGUGCUGAAUAAAGCAUUUCUUUGCUAA